CAGUGGAAUGCGCGCCCCCGCUCUCCCACCCUCCUCCUCUCGUGCUCGUGUGUUUGCGCUAAUUGCGGAGCUCCGCUAUAACAGAAGAUAAAAUGUAGAAACUCAUGAACGUUUCUCUGACAGAUUUCCCACUUGUUUCGUUGCGUUUAAACAGCGCAGGGAGGAUGAGGAGCGUUUACGCGCAGAUUCCGCAUCUUCUUCUCUCUUGUUUCUCCUCAGGAUGAAAACACAACAUCUUUGGACUUGGAGCGAGUUGAUUUUGGAGCUGAUGGAAACACACGAGUCUGUUUCUCUCCAUCUUUUCUGUUUCCAGUGGAUUUAAUCCUGAUGCGACACUUGGCACUUCCGAAGUGAAUUGACGCGUAAACGCCAGGCAGAGCAGAAGAAGACCUGCUCCUCCUGCGCUGCCUUUAUUUUAUUUUAUUUGACUCUACUGAACAAUGUGUUUCCAGCGUUGAUCUGAAGGAUUACAGCUGAUUUUGUACAUGUAGACGAGGCUCAGUGUGUUCGAGGGGAUUCGUCAGAGGCUUAUAUAAGAGCAGCGUCAUGUAUGCAGGACGCAAGAGGAGAAAACCGGUCCAGAGAGCGGUGAAGCAGCCGCCGGCCGAAGGGGCCAAAUCCAACCCAUCCAAACGGCACAGAGACCGGCUGAAUGGCGAGCUGGAGCGGCUGGCCAGCCUGCUGCCUUUCCCUGAAGAGGUCACCGCCAGUCUGGACAAGCUCUCCAUCCUCCGCCUCAGCGUCAGCUACCUUCGCGCCAAGAACUUCUUCACUGUGGCCCUGAACAGUCGGAACGGAGCGACUCCAGCUGGUGUGAAUGAUGACGACAGUAAAACAGCAGCAGUGGUGGAGAAAAAGAUCCCUGAAGGAGAACUGUUGCUGCAGGCUCUCAACGGCUUCGUCCUGGUCAUCACCGCCAGUGGAACCAUCUUCUACUCCUCUCACACCAUCCAGGACUACCUGGGCUUCCACCAGACGGACGUCAUGCACCAGAGUGUUUAUGAACUGGUCCACACAGAGGACCAGCAGGAGCUCAGGAGAAGCCUGCACUGGGCUUUGAAUCCUCCUGCUGCGGCUGCAGUUGCCGUCACCCAGGACUCCCCCCAAGAGACGGAACCUGACAGUGGCACGUCUCUGGUCACCUACAACCCUGAACAGCUUCCCCCAGAAAACUCGUCCUUCCUCGAGAGGAGCUUUGUUUGUCGUUUCCGCUGCCUGCUGGACAACUCCUCCGGCUUUCUGGCGUUGAACAUCCAGGGCCGGCUCAAGUUUCUGCACGGACAGAACCAGCGACAAGAAAACGGAGGGAAGGCCCCGCCGCAGCUCGCCCUCUUCGCCAUCGCCACUCCUCUGCAGCCUCCGUCCAUCCUGGAGAUCAGGACCAAGAACAUGAUCUUCAGAACCAAACACAAGCUGGACUUCACACCUCUGGCCUGUGACGCAAAGGGGAAGAUAGUACUGGGGUACACCGAGGCUGAACUGCGGGUCCGAGGAUCUGGGUAUCAGUUCAUCCACGCAGCAGAUAUGUUGUACUGUGCAGAAAACCACGUCCGAAUGAUGAAGACAGGAGAAAGUGGUCUGACCGUGUUCCGGCUCCUCACCAAGGAGAAUCGCUGGAAAUGGGUCCAGGCUAAUGCCAGACUGGUUUACAAGAACGGCAAACCGGACUACAUCAUCGCCACCCAGAGGCCUCUCUUGGAUGAAGAGGGAGGAGAACACCUGCGUAAGCGCUCCAUGCAUCUGCCCUUCACCUAUGCCACAGGUGAGGCCCUGCUCUACCAGUCCAACCAUCCCAUCGCAGGCUUUGGAGACGUAGGCCACGAGAAAAACGGAAGCAAAUCAAAGAAGAGCCGGACUGACAGGCUGAUGAGGGACGGUCUGGACCCCGGCUCCCUCCUGGGGGCGCUCAUGAGUCAGGAUGAGUCGGUGUACGUUUGUCAGCCUGCCCUGGAGCCCAAGAUGUCGUUCCACAGCACCUUCUUUGGAGAGCAAAUGGGCUUCUCUGACUCCGAAUCCUCCAGCUUGCACCGGAGCUGGGACGAGCCGAGCAACGGCGUGGUGGGUCCAGGCAGCACCGAGCCGAACACGAGCUUCGACCCGCUGCUGGCUACUCUGGACUCGCUCUCCUUGGAAGGCCAGGGGGUGGUGGAUGCAGACGAGGGGGGUUGUUCUAACGGGGAGCUGUUUGGAGCUCUGGAGGGGUUGGGGCUAAGCGCUGAGGACCUGGAGCUGCUGUUGCUUGACGAGCGGAUGAUCAGAAUUGAGAUGGACCCUGAACGGGUGCCCACGCUGGACGACCUGCUGACAAAUGACGAGAUCCUUUCAUAUAUCUACGACACCAUAGAGGGAAAGACUGAUUCCGCAGCGCACGCGGGCCAGGGGCCUCCUAGUAGCGCCUCAGCCACAGUUACAACAUUGUCCCUUCCUGAAAGUAAUCCCACCUCUGACACUAAUGUGCAAAUGCAGUUUCCUCAUCACAAGCCUCCCCUGGUGGGGCAGGCUCCCAUCGUGCAGCUCUCGCAGCAGAUGCAGCAGCACCUCAACAUGCGAACAGGUAAAGUGACGCAUGACUGGGGCCAGCAGAGCGACCAUUUGACGAACACGAUAGUUAAUGGAGAGCUGCCGGGGCAAAAUCAAUCAGUUUCUAAUGGUCAGUGGACGCCGCAAGGCCUUCUCACCAGUGUAGGGAUCCAGCUGGGACACUUGAACACGCAACAGACUGUUUUCAACGGUAAGGCCUCUGCGGUGGAUCAGCAGCAAACACAUCAACACUACCUUCAGCAGCAGCAGCCCAGGAUGCGGAACCAGCUCUCACAGCAGUGCCAUGCCAAACACAAGGCAUCCAACCUCAACGGACUGUGUGGCAUCUCCGGCACAGAGCACGCAGCUGGGAAGUCCCAGUGGCAGGACUACAGAUUCAGCCAGAGUCUGGGCAGCAACGCCUGCCUCGACAACAGCCAAAAACCUCUUACAAGCACCUCACUAGAUUCCUGCAUGGAUUAUAGUAUGGCUGACGUUGAAAACGUAGAUUACACCAUCAGCGGAAGCAGUUUGUUCGGGAGGAGCGGGCAGCAGCAGGGGGCUGAGUCCAUGGUCUCGUCCUUCCAGGGGAUGAACCACAAACAGCAGCAGGAGCAGAUCUCGGUUCCUUUGGCUCAGGUCAUCACCGGCCUGUCGCAGUGCCCUCCCCCCAACGCCUCCCUGGAGCAGAUCCUGGGUGUGGCUAAACCCUGCCGGCAGAUAGACCAUUAUGGCAUGGUGACGUCGGAGAUGCCUCAUGAUCCCAAUCAUAGCAAGAUGGAGAACGGCUGCAUCCUGAACAGCACUUACCCAGGAGGCUGUGCUCUGCCCAACGGAAACGGACCAGCGCCCCCUACUGUCCAGAUGCCCGGCCCUGAGACUCUGUCAAGCCUCCCCGACCCUCCAGCCACCGGCUUCUACCUCUGACCGUCUGACCAGCAACAGUUAACAGACACUGUUACUGGCCAGAGACACACAAUGACUGGAGCAGCCUUAUAGAAACCAUAACAAACAAAGCUGAACAAACGUAGGCCUAUGUGUAUUUCUUUUCUUUUUCUUUUUUAAUUUGGAUUUGAUUUCUUUUGGGGGGGAGGAGGGGAUCAUCGUGUUGUGUUUCAAGACAGAUUAUCAUAUGAGUCCUUUGUUUACAAUAAUGCAGUCAAGAGAGCUGAGUGGAGUUUGUUUUAAUACAGCGACGGAAAUAUGAGUUCCUGUGAAGCUGAGUUUUAUGAGUUCGGAUACAACGCAAAGCACAGUUUAGGUUUUUCGAGGCAGCUAAACAUUAGGAUACUGCUGAGCCUUUUAAAUUCAAUUAUUCUCUAUAUUAAAAAAAACAAUUAAUGCAGGAUUUCUGUUAAAGUUUGAUGAAACAGUCCUCAAACAUCUGGAUUACCUUUGUUUUAUUGGUGGGUCGAUUAUCCUGAAGUUCGCCGCAGAUUAACAACAGGAAAUUUAUAUAUUUAUCAGUUUGGUCAUUUUCUGAGAAAAAUACAAAACAUUUCCUUAUUCCAACCUUUCAAAUGUCAGGAUUUGUUGCUUCUCUUUGUCUUCUGCCUGCUGCUCACCAGUUGAUUUUAUCUGAACUGAUUUUCACGUUAGACCACAGACACCACGACAGGUUUGACUGGUUUUUAAUCUUUUAAUCGUGAGAACCCACAGACUAGACGAUCCAGGCGAGAUGCAGGACCACUCACUCAGCAUUUAAAUCAUUUCCAGAGACUUUGGAUCUCACAGGAACUUCAAAAUAAAAACAAACAUGGAGGUGGUGCCGGCUUCUUCAGCUGGUUGGUGAUCAGCAGGCAUCCUGUGGCAGAACCAUUGAGUUUUGGACUCUUUUGACAAAGAUUAUUCAAAGCUGCAUUUUUAGACAUUUUCUGACAUUCUAUAGACAAACUGAUUUAUCGAUCAGUCAACAAUCAUCAAAUUAAUCGAUGAUAAUAAUGAUUAUAAAAUGUUCCAUAUAUAUAUAUGUAUAUAUAUAUAUCCCAAAUUUUCCCAAAUUUUCCCAAAUUUUCCAGAUUCAAAUCAUAAUCUGGUGUUAGCGUUAGGAAAAAUGUGCUUGUCUUUGUAUCCGAACACCGUACGACACGUCACCUCCGUCAGUGCAGCUCGUACGUGACUCUGGCUCUCUGUCAGUGAAGGUCGACGGGAGACGUCAGCGCCGCUCAUAGUUCUUCGUCACGCAACAAGAAUGUAAUCUUUCCGUGUUCAGUGAUUUCUUUGUUGAACAGUUUUACUCGUCAACAAUGAGAUUAUUUUUCGUAUGUUUGGAGGGAAAAAAAGUCUAGAAUAUGGAAAUUAUGGCUAGAAAUAUCCUGCACUUUAUUUCAAGCACCCACUUAAUGCAGAUCUGUAGUCAGGGACCCUGGUGAACAACAGACCCUGUUUUUAUUUUGUUGUUGUUGUUGUUUAUCUUUGAAGCAAGAUGGACAAGUUUGUAUUUUUUAUUCCUACUUUGAGGUACAUUUCAGGUGACGCGUUAAUGUCCUCACAAGCACAAACACUCUUGUACGAUUUAUUAGUGUCAUCAUUUUCAUCUUUCCCCACUUGAAUUUUUUUUUUUUGGUUGUUGAUAAUGUUUUAAAAAUCUUGGACCUCUUGGAUGAGUUUUAUUUUCUUUUUUAAUUUCUCUCUUAUUUUGUUGAAAGUUUAACGGACUUGAUUAGGAGAUUUCACUUAGUUUUAAUUUACUGUAUUUAUUUAUGUCCUACAGCAAGUAAGCAUUCUGGAUUGUUUUGAAGUUAAUGUGUGAAACAGGUUCUUGAACAAAAGCAGUGAUGUAAAAAAAGAAAUAGAAAAUGUCCUCCUCUGUCGUUGUCCUGCGAAGCAGCUGUUGCUCUUCUGAGGAAACCAGCAAAAUCUUAUUCUUUUUUUUUUUUUACAGUAAAUCCAAACCCACGUCCAUUACAGUACAAACAAACCCGAGGUUUUAAAGAAAAAGUCUGAUGUGUUAGGAAAAUAAAUCUUUUUUGCUUUGUCGCUCAGAGGGAGAGAAGACCAGAGAUAUUAAAUAAAGACGGACAACUUCUCCACUUCCUCCCACUAUCAAGAAAUUAAGCCACAGUAUCCCAUACACAUGCCACCAUCUUGUGCCUAAUUACAUCAUGCUGAGUCAGUUUGCGCACAACCAAUCAUGAGUCAGUUUGUUAGGUCGGUGGCAGGGUCUGUCGUCAGCAAGUGUCGUCCUUAACGCUCAUUGGCUUUUGCGUCAUUGUGUCCCAAUUAUUUUUGCAUUGACUUUGUAUUUGAUCUCAUUGAGUCAAAAAUUUGCUACAUUGGACCUUGCAACCGCUGCUCCUUCUCUUGAUUCCAACUGAACAGACUCUGACUCCAAAUGUACAAGAUGGCAGCGUUGGUAUUUUGGCUUAAUUUCUGGAUAGUGGGAGGAAGUGGGGGCAUCGUUCAAUUUUAUUUACAAUCUAUUACUCAAACAAACAAAAUUAUAUUCAUCUCCUCGCCUGAUUUAUCGUCUGAGUUACAAACAAACCAUUUCUCCUCCAAGAUGUCAGACUUUUCCUCUGAAGAGGCAGUAAAACUUUGUGAUGUUUACAUCAUCAGGUCGCUAACCUCAGGGUCUUCACAGGAUCUUGGGGCAGGUACAGAAUAGUAAACACUGAAAAAAACCAAAUGUGAGUAUUAAAAAGAGAUCUCAUUUCUACUGGAAGGAUUUAGUUCUGAAUGUUUCUUGUACAUAGUGAAAUUACUGGAAAAUGAUGCAGAGUCAAGUUAUUUCAUCAAGAAAAGAUGCUGAAAAGAGAUUUCCAUUUAAUUGUUCAAAUAAUGUCAUACUGUCGGUAUUAAUAUUAUUGCUGUAUGUUUUAUGUUGAAAUGUGAUACACACGUCGUUCGAAAUGUUUUUCUUUCCCUUUCUUUUUAUUUUCUACAGCAGAAAUGUUUGCUAUAUUUAAUAUGAUUGAUGUGACUUAUUAACAGUGUGAAAAAAAAGAUGUGUAUAUAAAGCAAACCAGCUUUGACAAAUACAGGUAUGUACAUAGUUUUACGUCGAGUCACUCGUUUCAAGCACUAUUUUUAAAACACAUGCUUAUCAAACUCCUUUUGUUGAUUCUUUUUUCUUUUUUCUUUUUUAAAAAGUUGUAAAUAGUUUCCUCAUCACAGAACACUGGACUCUAUGACAGCCUGAAAAUGGUGCCAUACUACUGAGACUUGUUGAAUAGGCUAUAAUGUUGGAGAGUUUAAUUUUGUCUUUCUGGGUAGCCACAGUAAAUUUAACAUGCUAACAGGACAAGGUGUAGAUGUUGUAGAUUUGACCCGUGUCCUUUGACUGCUUGUUUCAAAUGUAUAAUUUUCUUCCUUUUAAAUAAAGGAUUUCUUCAAUCACAGUGAAAAAACACAAA